GUAGCUCUCUCUCUAGCUCACUCCGCUCUGCUUAACUAUUCCAAAGCUCUUGAGCUCUUCUUCUUAUUCUUCUAUGUCUACUAGUUCAGCCUCGAAAAUCAUGUCUCUGUUUCUGAGUGUGAUUCUGGGUCUCUCAUUGUUCUUGGGUCUUGUAAGCUCGGCCAAAUUCGACGAGCUUUUCCAGCCCUACUGGGCUUCUGACCAUUUCACAUACGAAGGCGAGCUUCUUCAUAUGAAGCUCGACAAUUUCUCUGGAGCUGGAUUUUCAUCCAAGAACAAGUACAUGUUCGGAAAAGUUACCGUACAGAUUAAGCUCAUUGAGGGUGAUUCUGCCGGAACUGUAACUGCUUUCUAUAUGUCAUCGGACGGUCCAUUGCAUAAUGAGUUCGACUUCGAGUUCCUCGGCAACACCACAGGGGAGCCUUACACUGUUCAGACCAACAUCUACGUCAACGGCGUCGGCAACCGAGAGCAAAGGCUCAACCUUUGGUUCGACCCAACCAAGGACUUCCACUCCUACUCCAUUUUCUGGAACCAGCGCCAAGUAGUGUUUCUAGUGGAUGAGACUCCGAUUAGGGUACACACCAACAUGGAAAGCAAGGGGGUGCCUUUCCCUAAGGACCAGGCUAUGGGGGUGUACAGCUCAAUUUGGAACGCCGAUGACUGGGCCACUCAGGGCGGGAGGGUCAAGACCGAUUGGUCCCAUGGACCCUUUGUUGCAUCUUACAAAGGCUUUAACAUCAAUGCCUGUGAGUGCCCGGUUGCCGUGGCCGGAGCCGAUAACGCCAAGAAGUGCAGCAGUGGUGGAGACAAGAAGUACUGGUGGGAUGAGCCUGUGCUGUCGGAGCUGAACGUCCACCAGAACCACCAGCUGGUUUGGGUUAAGAACCACCACAUGGUCUAUGACUACUGCACCGAUAGUGCCAGGUUCCCAGCCACUCCAGUCGAGUGUGUGCAACACGGCCACCACCGCCACUAGGGUUUCCCUAGGAAGAUGGUGCUAUGUUCGUGUAAAAAAGGAUGGGGGUGAAAAAAGGCAUAAGACAUGUACUCCAUGUUGAAUUUGUUCCAUUUUUUUGGUUAUGUUCUUAUUAGUUUGUGCGAUAGGGAAUGAUAUGAUCGACCAUCAAUGUGAAAUAUGAAUUUCUUUUUA